UAGGCAGGUCAACUUUGUUACCUUUUUCUCUGACGUCGAACUUUAACAAACGUCGCAAGCACACUGAUUGAUCUAGUGCAUCGAGGAGAAGGUGGUAAAAAUGGCUGGUAACAAAAGCCCCCGAGCAAAACACGACCCGAACAAGAAGCGCAAACGGGAUCUAAAUGAAAACGACUCGAGAUCAAAGCGACUAAGGGCUGAACGCAAGGCGGCCAAAGCCAAUGGAUUAAAUGCGAGCACGGAUGGAGUGGUUUCUGAGGUGCCCGAGAUCUCUGAGGCGUUGACAGAGACUGGAGCUAGAGAGAUUGAGGUUGUUCGACAAUUCGAUAAUACAGAGUCAGGAUGGCGCGUCUCUAAGCCUAUGGGCGGCAGGAUGCUUGACAUCGACCCUGUAUUGACAGAAGAUGAACAAUAUCUCAUUUUGGCGUACAAUACUUCGAUCCAGGUGUACUCAGCAGCCGACUCUCUCCUCGUUCGAAGAAUCCCAAUCACAGCAGCCGAAGCCUCCGAUGAGAAGACAACAGCUCCCGCGCAUAUCGUCGCUAUGCGGCAAUCAAAGCAGAACUCCGACAUCCUCUGGGUAGCUACCUCGGACGGCCUCGUCUGCCAGGUCAACUGGACCAGCUCCAAGGCUCCCGGAUUCUUCCAGACACGGUCCAAAACCGUCAAUGCCAUGGCCCUCGUGACAAAGAAGGUUUCUGGCAAGGAUACGGAGAUAAUUUUUAUCGCAGAGUCGGACAAGCCAGGCCGAAUCGAGGUUGUUGCAUACCCAGCUACAACAACAGAGUCUGAGCACAAGGUCGUCUUCGUCAUGAAGAGGCCCGGCAACGGCCUGCAAUUGCUCGAAACUAGUGAAGAUGGACACUUGGUCGGUGCCAUCAACGAUCGCCUAUUCUUUGGCGUUCCUUCGCAGAAUCAGUUCGACAGCCUGGCCGUACUAGACUACGAGAUUUACACCUUCGAUACCCCUGACCUGGUCAGCUCUCUUGACCUCCGAGUGUAUCCUAGACCAGCAACAAGCGGAAAGAAGCUGCGGCAAUUGAAUGCCCCUGUUUUGGAUAUCAUUGUCGGUGGUGCCCGCGGUUCGAUCUACCUUUACCACGAUGCGCUUGCUCGAAGCCAGGCGCUUGCCAAGUCUGGAUCUGAGAAGGAGCUUAUUCAAGCGCAGAACUACCAUUGGCAUCGCAAAGCUGUGCAUGCCCUCAAGUGGUCGCGUGAUGGUAACUACAUGAUUUCAGGAGGUUCAGAAAACUCUCUUGCUCUGUGGCAGAUGGAUACAGGAAAGAGAGAUUACCUUCCUCAUCUCUCUGGCAGUGUGGAGAACAUCACAGUUUCUGCCAGCGGAUCUGCAUAUGUUGUUCACCUCGACGACAACUCGGUCUUGAUUAUUUCAACCGCUGAGAUGAAGCCUACAGCAUACAUCGCUGGUAUCCAGUCAGCCGCAAUCAACGUCACCACACCCAAAGACCAGCUUGUCCAGCGUACAUGGACGACCCCGUCGCAUGUUCAGCGACCCAUCCCAGCCGUCAUCAGCCCCAAGGAUCAGUCAAGACUUAAUGUGUGUGUUGGUAACGGUCGCCAGGCUACUCUGGCAGGAGGUUUCUCGGCUCCUCUAUUGCAGACCUUUGACCUCGAGAGCUUCCGCAGCGUUUCUAAACAGGCUUUGGCUCGAACACAGCCAACAGACGUCAACAUCACCAACAAGGGCAGCCCCAUUGAGGAGCCUCUCAUUACUCAUCUGGCCUUCUCUGCCAAUGGAGACUGGCUCGCUAGCGUGGAUACCUGGGAACCCUCACCUCGAGAUGUUGACAGCGUGACCAGUGACAUGAGGGAUCAGUUUAUCAAAGAACGACGUGAGGUUUACCUCAAGUUCUGGGAAGCGCAGCAAGGCGAUGAGCAAAUUGCUCUUGUUUCCAGAAUUAAUGCUCCUCAUGCCACACACCGCAACGAAGCAGUUCUCGAUUUGGCUUCAAAUCCUGUUUCGACGUGCUUCGCUACUAUUGGUACUGAUGGUACUGUUCGUAUGUGGCGCCCCAAGACAAGAUCCCAGAAUGGAGUUGUAGUCAAGGGACCCAACGGCCGCGAGGUUUUCACCUGGAGCUGUUCACAGAUAAUUGCCGUUAGCGAUGGUGUGCCUCAAGACGGCGUGGUCGAUAUUCCUGAGGCUUAUACCAACCAAGAGCCUCAAGGAAGCGUCGCCUUUUCAGAGGAUGGGUCUACCCUCUUUGUGGCUUUCGGAACUGCUGGUUCCGGUGCCGUUUAUGUGAUUGACGCUGCGUCAGGCGAUUUGGUCAAGACCCUUGAGGGCCAGUGGAAGGGUCAAUUGCGAUCCAUCUGUGUGCUAUCGCCUUUCGUUAUCAUCUUGUCUGACGAGCUCCGUGUUUACGACGUUGUCAGCGAUGAGUUGCGAUAUGGUGUUGUGAUACCCAAGACAAAGGACAAUGCGCUACUCCAACUCGCCGUCGACCAUACUUCAGGACACUUUGCUUUGGCUUUGCCUGCCAAGGAAGGAUCCCUUCUUGCGGUUUUCGAGCCCGAAGAUAUCGAGCCCCUGAUGGUGCGUAGCACACCUCAAAGAGUUGUUAGUCUGGUUUCUGCCCCCGAGACCAGCGGUUUCAUCGCCCUGGACGAUGCUGCACAAGUAUGGGUGGUUUCUGAGGGAUCAGACUCUUCAUCUCUGGCCACAGUUCAACCCCUCGAAGACCUCCGUCUUGAAGGUAUUGAUACCAACAGCACUGAAGUUGGUCAUAUCGAUGAAGACGAGGAGAUGGCCAGCGAUGCUGAUGAGGCCGAGGUUGAAGAUGCUGCUGAGCCCGAAGAUGUCGAGAUGGAAGACGACGAUUUCCACCCCAGCGUGAUCCAGCAACAACAUCUAUCAGAUAUCUUUGAUGCCGCACCAGCAUUUGCCGCCCCUCCGGUCGAGGAUAUGUUCUACAAGGUGAUGGGCCUGCUUGCGACAAAGCCUCUGUCAUCAUCAUAA